GCUGAUACUGAGGGGAGGGGACAAGAGGCGGGGGGGCUGACCGUACUCUGCGCUGGAAGCCUCACACACUACUUGAGCUCCCGUUGGGCCGAAACAGUCGCUGAGAAAUCGGUUUUUUCCACAGACGACUCCGCGGACUUUGCGAGUAAUCCUUUGGGUUACAAAAGUGACACGAUGACUCACUUUAAUAAGGGACCAGCCUACGGACUGUCUGCUGAAGUGAAGAGCAAAAUUGCUCAAAAAUAUGACCCACAGAAAGAGGAGGAGCUCCGUUUCUGGAUUGAAGAGGUGACCGGAAUGUCUAUUGGAGAGAAUUUCCAGAAAGGCUUGAAGGAUGGGGUCAUCCUCUGCGAACUGAUUAAUAAGCUGCAGCCUGGUUCAGUGAAGAAAAUCAACCUUUCACAGCUCAACUGGCACAAGCUGGAAAACCUUGGGAAUUUCAUAAAAGCUAUCCUGGCCUAUGGCCUGAAGCCCAAUGACAUCUUUGAGGCCAAUGACCUGUUUGAAAACGGAAACAUGACUCAAGUCCAGACAACACUACUCGCACUGGCUAGCAUGGCAAAGACUAAAGGCAUUGACACAAAGAUUGAUAUCGGAGUGAAAUAUGCAGACAAACAAGCUCGACACUUUGAUGAUGAGAAGAUCAAGGCUGGCCAGUGUGUCAUCGGACUGCAGAUGGGAACAAACAAGUGUGCAAGUCAGGCUGGAAUGACUGCGUAUGGAACGAGACGACAUCUGUACGAUCCAAAGACUCACACUGACAAACCUUAUGACCAGACUACCAUCAGCCUACAGAUGGGGACCAACAAAGGAGCCAGCCAGGCAGGCAUGCCGGCCCCCGGUACUCGCAGAGACAUCUUUGAUCAGAAAGUGGCCUUGCAGCCGCUGGACAACACCACCAUCUCUCUGCAGAUGGGCACCAACAAGGUGGCGUCUCAGAAAGGAAUGAGUGUGUACGGGCUGGGCCGCCAGGUUUAUGACCCCAAGUACUGCGCCCCCCCCACCGAGCCGGUCAUCCACACUAACGGCAGCCAAGGCACCGGCACCAAUGGUUCUGACAUCAGCGACAGUGACUAUCAGGCUGAAUUCCACGAGGACGAGUACCACGCCGGCUACCACAACGACUACCAUUACAACGAUCAGAACAUCGACUGCUAGUCAGGCUCUCCACCUGUUAACAAAUGUAUUUUAUCACUACAACAGAGCAAGUCUUUUGCUAUCCUCGCUAGUCUUUUUAUUCUCUAUAAACUGAAAUGUUACUUUGUAUUUCGUCUUCACCUAGACUCUUUGAUCUCAGCUCCAAAGUUUGUAAGACGUAGCAUAGAAUCACGACACACAUACAGUGACAGAUGCUGUUUUCUAAGCUAAUAGCCUCUUUUAUAAAAAGAAAUGAUGGAACGCUCAUGUAGAGAUGACGCUGCCAAUGAAUCUGAUGAAUUCCACUCUUUGCAUUCCUUAAAUGUUGCUGAUCCAUUUGUCAGCUCCAAGAGCACAUACCCCGUUUGGGAUUAGUUUUAUGCUAAUGGCUAGACUGGAGUUGUCCUGAAUUUCCAGCCUCCCUUUGUUCCUUUUUUGUUCUGUGCCCUCUUGUAUGCCUGAGCUGUAUUUAUGUGCAGUGUCCCAAAGUAAAGCAGUGUGCUGUUCUAUGUUCCACAAUGAAAAUGACAUGUUAUAAAUAAAGUUUUAAAUCUUUAAUAUUAAA